UUAGAAAUAAAAGCAGAACACAGGGAGCGAAUUAGUAGACGUCUUCGUAUCUAGUGUGGUAGAAAAGGCGUUGAUAAAUUUUUUCGACUAUCGUCGACGGACGACAGUUGACGACGUUAGAGCUAAUCAGAAUUGUGAUUUCUGUUUAAAUACUUGAAUCUAAUGGAAAAAUAAAAUAUCAUAAUAGAAAUAGUGUAAAUAAGUAAUUGGGAAUGAAGCUAAGGGUGUAUUUUAAGCACCUUUACAAGAAAAACUAGGAUACGUAAGCACCUUCACAGAAGCAAAUAACAUGAGCAACAAUGCCACCAGCACGUCCUGGAAGUCUUAAGGAUCCGGAAAUUGCCGAUCUUUUCAACAAACAUGAUCCUGAAAAAAUAUUCGAGGAUCUGCGCGAGAUUGGCCAUGGCUCGUUUGGCGCCGUUUAUUAUGCGCGAUGCAAUCUUACCAAAGAAAUCGUGGCCAUCAAGAAGAUGUCCUAUUUGGGCAAACAAAGCCUUGAAAAAUGGCAGGACAUUCUUAAAGAAAUCAGAUUUCUGCGUCAAUUGAAUCAUCCGAACACCAUUGAGUAUAAGGGUUGUUAUUUACGUGAAUCUACGGCGUGGCUGGUGAUGGAAUAUUGUGUCGGUUCGGCUUCAGAUAUUAUUGAAGUGCACAAGAAGCCAUUACAUGAGAAUGAAAUUGCAGCAAUUUGUGAUGGCGUUUUGAAUGGUCUAAGUUACUUACACAGCUUAGGGAGAAUACAUAGAGACAUAAAAGCAGGGAAUAUCCUUCUCACGGAUAAUGGUAUUGUCAAAUUAGCAGAUUUUGGUAGUGCUGCCAUUAAAUGUCCGGCUAAUAGUUUUGUCGGCACGCCGUACUGGAUGGCGCCAGAGGUAAUUCUGGCUAUGGAUGAAGGGCAGUAUGACGGCAAGGUAGACGUGUGGUCAUUAGGUAUUACUUGCAUUGAAUUGGCUGAACGAAAACCUCCAUAUUUUAAUAUGAACGCAAUGUCUGCUCUUUAUCACAUUGCUCAAAAUGAUUCUCCAACCUUAUCGAAAAACGAAUGGUCGGACACGUUUUGCAAUUUUGUCGAGUUGUGUCUUAAAAAAAUGCCCGUGGAGCGUCCCUCGUCAUCGAAACUGCUAAAACAUACAUUUUUGACGCAGCCACGUUCAGAUAUUGUACUGUUGGAGCUGAUCGCCCGUACAAAGGCGGCUGUGCGUGAACUAGAUAAUUUGAACUACCGUAAAAUGAAGAAAAUUCUUAUGGUAGACACCUGCGAGACUGAGAGCGCCAUUGGCGAUACGGAUGAUACACAAGACGAACACGCCGGUGGCGAUAGCAGCAAAAGUAAUAGUAUUACUUCAGAACACUCCAUACAUUCGGUGGGUGUGUCGGCGGCCAGUAGUCAAGUAAGCUCUUCGUCGAACUCUAUCCCCACCGCUCAAAACCACAUAUUGACGCAACAGCAGCAUAUUGCUGUAAAUUAUCAGCAACAAGCAGCUGCAGCCGCGGCGGCGGCAGCAGCCCAAACAGCGGCUGUGAGUGGAGCUGCAGCACGAAAUUCUUCACGCCAGCGGAAUCUGCCACCAUUACCUAAUAUAAUGCACAAUAUGAAUAACAAUGUUACUCCUACGAACUCAACUUCGGUCGUACCAGCGCCUAUAAUGCCGGUGUCGGUCACAGGUCAUCCAGUUGGUAGCGGAGGCUCCCCUGCAGCAACAGCAAAUAUGAGCACUGGCAUGUUGUCGCAGGCUAUUGGUGUUGGCGUGGGAAGUGCUGGUGGCGGUGGUGAUCGUAUGCCGCGCUAUUUAUCAUCACCCGCUGCCGCUGCCGCCGUAUACGCAGCAUCUUCACAGCAAGCCAUCUCAAAUGCUGUAAAUGAGCAUGGACCGAACAAUUUUGCAACAAUUCGAACUACAAGCAUCGUAACAAAACAACAAAAGGAACAUAUGCAGGAGGAAAUGCAUGAACAAAUGUCGGGCUAUAAACGAAUGCGCCGCGAACAUCAGGCUGCGUUAGUGAAGCUCGAGGAGAAGUGUAAAUUGGAAAUGGAGGCCCACAAGGGCGGAUUAGACAAGGAAUACGAUAAUCUACUGCAUAACUUUACAAGGGAACUGGAACGGCUAGAGGCGAAACAUCAGCAGGAUUUGGAACGCCGACAAAAGCAAACAUCUGCGGCUGAAAAGAAACUAUUUAAAGAGAUUUCGCUUAAACAGGAAAGCGACCGCAAAGCCUUUGAUUUGAACCGCAAAAAAGAAUACAAGGCGAAUAAGGAGCGUUGGAAACGUGAACUUUCCAUGGAUGAAUCGACACCUAAACGACAACGUGAUUUAACGUUGCAAUCGCAGAAAGACAAUUUGAAGCAAGCGGAAGCGCAGGAAGAACAGCGAUUGCUCAGAGUACAAAAACAGUAUAUUGAAUUGGAGAUGCGCAAGUUCAAAAGAAGGCGUCUAAUAUCUCUUCACGAACUCGAAGAUCAAUUGUUACGUGAUGAAUUAAGCAAAAAGCAACACCAACUUGAACAGGCGCAUGCUAUGCUUCUAAAACAUCACGAAAAAACGCAAGAACUGGAGUAUCGGCAACAGAAAAGCGUACAUCAACUUCGUGAGGAACAGAUAAAUACUCAGCACGACACGGAAUUGAAGAACCAAAAGGACUAUAUGGAGCGAGUUAAGAAGGAGCUUCUGCGAAAGCACGCGCUAGAAAUCAGACAACAUCCUAAAAGUUUAAAGCAAAAAGAAUUGCAAAUCCGUAAACAAUUCCGCGAAACGUGCAAAACUCAAACAAAACAAUACAAACGGUAUAAGGCACAAAUUCUCCAAACAACACCGAAGGAACAGCAGAAGGAAGUUAUUAAGCAGUUGAAAGAAGAGAAGCAUCGAAAAUUAACACUUCUCGGCGAACAGUAUGAACAAAGUAUUGCUGACAUGUUCCAAAGUCAGAGCUAUAAAUUGGAUGAGACCCAAGUGAUUGAGUGCCAUCGUACCAACGAACAGUUGGAGUACGAACUUGAAGUACUCACUGCCUAUCAAAAUAAAAACAAGAAACAAGCUCAGGAGCAGCGUGAUCGUGAGCGCAAGGAGUUGGAAAAUCGUGUAAACGUGCGAAGAGGUUUACUGGAGAGCAAGAUGAAUGCGGAAUUGCAGCAAUUCAAUCAAGAACGUGCUGAACGUUUACGCAUUAAACAAGAAAAGCAUUCUAGAGAGCUGGAAGCUUUCGAUCAGGAGUCACUUGCAUUAGGUUUCAGCGCCCUAUCACUCAGCGAGGUGUCGCGGGAAACAUACCCUGACGAGGAGGGUAGCUUAUCAGGGUCCAUGAUAAGUUUAGCGCAUAGUAAUAGCUCUACAAGUUUUCCGGCUGGCUCCCUAUAGCAUAGAAACGUAAAUAAGUGUAAUAAUGGCAAUUUUAAUAACACUAACAUAAUUUCAAUAACAAAGAAAGGAUUUCGUAAUUCUAGUGAUGAUGGUAAAAACCAAUUAAAAGACGACAUUGAAGUAAAUCGAUUAAAUCAGGUGUCGCUCUCUUCAAUGUAAAAAAAAAACUAAAAGCAAAAACUUAAAAAUUCAAAAUUUAAAGCAAAAAUACAUUAAAGAAGGAAAAAGUAUGAACAAUACGCAUGUGAGUGAAAAUAAAAAGAAACUAAAAUAAAUUAAUAAAAGUAAACAAAAAAUAUGCAAUUUAUUGAAGAUAAAAUAAUAACAUAAACAUAAAUAAUAAUAUUAGCAGUUGACGCGAGUUAUAUUUAUUAUUAAGUUAAUAAACUAAUUAAAAUUAAAAAAAAUACAAUCGAAAAUUAAUAACAGCGACAUAGAGAAAAACAAAAGCAGAUAUAAAAGACGGUAACUAAAAUAAAAUAAAUUUGCAUUAGUGAAAAAUUCCUUAAGCCUUGGAAAGCUUGGAAUAAAAUAAUCGAAAAUAGGCGUAAAAAGCUAGCUGCAAAUAGGGGCGUUAAUUUUUUAUAUAAUGCAGUAUAAUAGCCGCUUAAAGAAAUAUAUACAUGCAUGUAGAUUACAAAAUAUCAUAAAAAAAAUCUGUCAUGCGUCCGCACGAAUGCUCGCUUACACACAUCCAUAUAUGGGACUGUAUGUACAUUAAGUUUUCGAAACAUUAUUCCUGCUUAAUAGUUUCCAUACGAAAAAAAGUUCAAGUAUUAAAAUACAACAAAAUUUAAAUUAUUAAAAAUUUGAAUUUUAAAAUACAGCAAAAUUUAAAUGUUUAAAAAUUUCAAUUUUAUAAUACAAAAUUUUAAUUAUUGAAAAAUUCAUUUUUAAAAUACAGCAAAAUUUAAAUUAUUAAAAAUUUCAAUUUUAAAAUACAAAAUUUAAAUUAUUGAAAAAUUCCGUUUUAAAAUACAUCAAAAUUUAAAUGUACCUAUGAAAGAUCGCAUUGCAUAAUUUUUCAUACAACGCAAAUGUAUAUGCUCAUAUAGCGAAAGUACGGCAAAAACGAUAGGCAUUAACAAAAGAACUGUUCAUAUGUAUUAUGUACAUACAACACAAAUACUAUACCCAGAUAUGUAUACGUACGUACGCACAUAUGCCUGCAUAUUGAUACAUUCUGCGGACACCGCCAAAUUUACAACUUACAAUUCGAAUGCCAUUUUUCCUAUAACUAUAUAAACACACACACAUGCUUAAACUUACCUAAUAUAUGUACAUAUACAUGUGUAUGUGGGGAUUUAAAUUAAUCUAAUAGUUUUGUAGCUAUAUUUUAUAACCUACGCACUGCCCUUCACACAAGCUAUUGCGGGUACUUUUGUUGUGCUGAUCCAGUGAAUUUCUUUUCUAAGUUAUUUUAUAGAAAAUGUAUGUAUAAUAAAUACACAACAGCAUGGACAAAUUUUUAUAAUUUUCUGGUUGUGAUAUAACAAAUCAAAGAAUUUGCAACAUCUUUAUUUAAAUUGGUUAAAUGAUCAAUGUCGUAAUAGAGUUAUUAUUCCGUCACAUUUAUCUGUAUUUUCGUCUGUUAGCAGAGUCUAGUCCCACCAUUAUAUUAUAUAUGCACACAUUGUGUAUAAUUGUUGGAAAUUUUGUUUAUAUGUAUAACUUGGGAUAACUCUUUGGCCGAACUUUUUGAAAUUUGCACGCUUUUAUUGUCAUAGUCCCAAUAUAAGUUCUAUCGUUGAAUCUAUCGUAUACUACCACGAAUCCGUGAGAAAUCUGUCGAAAAAAAUUUAAACACUCCAAAAAGGUGUGGACUUACUAAUACUAACUUCAAAGUGUCGCUUUACGCUUCAGUUUCUCAAUUUCCUGCCAAAACCAAAAGCGCUCGUUCCGAUAUGCGAGAAAGUCAUUGAUAAUUGAUAAAUAUUUUGUUUUGGCUUUUGUUGUUGUUGUAGCACCAACAUUCGCAUUCCCCCUAAAUGUUUAAGGAAUGCUCCUGGAGUAACUUAAUUUGGUCGGAUACAAGUUUGGAUCGUUCCGGUAACGCAGGAACAUUUGUUAUUUAUUUCAUUCGCCUUUUUAAAUAAUUUCUAUACAAGUUAUUUGAAGCUUGAAGUAAAAAAAGCUAUUUUCUACACCAACAACAACAACCUGCUUCCACUUAGAGCAAUUGAAUUUUAAUAGGUGAAAAAGUAAACGAGCUCAUAUUAACUUCUCGCGCAUUCCUCAAUUCGCAAAGCUUGGCAGUGAUUAUUAUGACUACCGCGGCUAAUGACUGCUUUCUAAAUGCUUGUGUAAAAAAAAUUUAAGCAUAAAUAUAUGUGAAAAGCCUUACUAAAUUAUUUUAACUACAAAAAAAUGUCUAAAAAACAGUAAGGGUAAGUGAGUAAAAGAAACCUCUUUACUAAAAACUAAUUAUUAUUACAGGUGAUACAUAGUUUUUUAUAAAAAAAUCAUACUUUUUUACCAAAGCAUAAGGCUUUAGCACAAAUAUAGAUGGUUUACGAAUAUACGGAGUAGCGGUCAGUAACCGUUUUGCAGAUUAGUGGUCACUAAUAGCGACUGGCUGAUAGCUUUUUUAUGAAUACCGGCAUAAAGUUGGCGUAAUUAAAUAUUUGCAUUUCAAACAAAUGAUUUUUAUUUUUGACGUCCAAACUUGCAUAGGCCCUUUAAAUGUAUAAGGGACAUUUAAUAGUUUUUACAAAAGCACAACGAUUGUACGCGCAUUUGCGAGUUAUUUUAGCGACACAUACUAUUGUUUUUGGCUUUUAGAUUUUCGGUUAUAGAUGGUUGGAAUUGGUGCAAUUAUACUAUGCCAAGCUUGUUUGUUUUUUAAAGCAUUUUAAUGUGGCAAUUAAAUAGAAUUUAAGCAAGCGGCUUGCAUUAUUUAUAAUGCACAAUUUACAAAAAUUGUCAAUUAUGUUAGAAAAUUGUUGUGUAUCUAUCGUACAUUUCGGAAAGCAAUUUAGUGCUGGCUGAAACGUUUUAUAGACAUGCAUCUUCUAUCCCAGGAAACUCAGUAAAUCAAUAAACAAUUUUGCUAACAUUCCAAUUAAAUAACGUUUGGCCGCUUAUGUGGCGGGAAAAUUUUCGUAGCAAAUUAAAAUUUUCAAAUGGCACUGUGCAGCCACCAAUAAUCUUAAAAAUCAACAAGUUAUACACAGUUCAAGCCCGUUGUGGUAGCAGUGCGAACAUGUUUGCUGCUGUAAUUAAAGCCGAGCUGAACUGAACGCAAACUGAGUAUCCUAAGGAAAGUAUUGAUUUGCUGUUCAUUGUUAUUGUAUUACAGCGCAUCAGUCAUCCUGAGUAUUAUUCUUUAGUUUUGAAUACGGGCGUACAAACGUACCACAGUAUCUUAAAUGAAUCAGAAUCUGAAUGUUAAGAGGUCAUAGAAAAUUAACAUGCUCAUAAAAUUACAGCCCGUUUCACACUAGAGCGAUCUUGUGCAUUAUUUCAUAUUGGCCAUUGAAUGGAUAUCGUGCUCGUAUAUGACUGGAAUUACGCUUUCGCACUACUAUUUCGAGCUGCUAAUAUUUUUAUAACAAAUAUGAAUAUAAAGAAAUUGCAUGAAAAUAAGGACUAUAUCAGAAGUUCUAUUAAUUAUAAAUUGGAAAGGGAAAUUAGGAUAUUUAAAAUAAAAAUAAUUUUUAAAAAUUUUACAAUUAGCUAAAAUGUUGUGUUAAUAUAAUAUAAUUUUAGUAAACAACUUAAUAUUGUAUAUUUGUUCAUGUUUUUAACUUUUUUGUUGUUGAGCUGUGCACGCGAGAAAAUGUUUGUUGUACAGCUUUUCUCUAGGCCACCGAUUAAUAGUUCGUUUCGUAUGCUAACGGUUCAGUUUUGUUCGGAAAAUAAAAUAAAUAUAUUAAAAAUGUAUAAUUACACAUACAAUA